GUGACUGAGUGAUUAUGUGACUAACCAGGAUAACAACUUUCUUUUCCCCCUAGUUUUAGAAGACUGGUUCUUGGCUCAAGCAUCCUCGAGUCAGCAGGUAAUACUUAAACGCCAUAUUUCAUCAGCUAUUCUCUAACGCGUGACGCUGGAGCAACGAGUUUUGAAAAAGUGCCAUUUCAGACAAACGCUUUAAAGAAGUGCUUGUUUGUUUAGAUCCGUAUUAGCCUCCGGGCUAUCACUUUUAUAUCAACUAAGUGUGUGCUCUUGAUUUGUCGAUAAAAAAGAAAUAAAAUUUAAAUAAAUUCAUUAAUUUUUUUAAAAAAAAGGGAUGUUUGAGCGCUAAUAGGAAUUACUAACGUAAAAUGAUAUUUUAGUGUAUAUCAUAAUGAACAAAAAUUCAAACUUUUGAGUAUAGUGAUGAUUGAUUUAUAUUAGCACACCAACCAUUAAUCGAUGUUUUUUAAGCACAAAAUGAAAUUCUAUGGUGAAAAAUUAUACCAUUGUUUACAUGGGGAAUUCGACAGUUUUUAAAAACCACCAUAGUGGUCUGAGUUCCUGUGGAAGUUAUUUCAAGUAAUGCUAAAAUCUCUGAUUCUGUUGCUGAUCACAAGAUUUUCAUAAAACAUAAAUAAGUUCCUAUUUUCUGAAAAUGUCUAACUUAACAGAUUCAGAAUCACAGUCAUCUGAAAAAAUUCCAUCUCCGCCACCAGAGACCUCAGAGGAGCAAGAAUUAGACGAAGAUAAUGAAGAAGUGGACAUUGACGUCACGAGUGUCCCAUCAGAAGGGGACCAACUUGUGUCAUCUGAUAUUGAUCCAACGUCUGAGGAUGAUGAAUAUUUUAAACCUAUCAAAAAACUGUGCAUGGCUCCCUCGAGACCUAGCGCCCCACCGGUGCCGGUUCCUGCACCCAGCAGUAAACCGUUAAGCUCCUUUUUUAUUAAAGACAUAUUAAGCCAUAAACCGGCGUCAAUUCAGCGGACGUUGUCCACGGACGUCCGUGGCAUUGUAAGGCCGUGGGACUUGGACAGUUCGUCGGCAUCGAGAAGAAGACCCCGGUCGGCGGAUGACGACUCACGGUCGGAAAGAUCGGAGAGCGAUUCUCCGGAAAGCCCUGCCGUAGCUAACCCUAAUGCUUCACCCCUAGACGCCCUGUUUGAAAUGACCAGCAAGGCAUUUGAGGGACUUGAAGCAAACGAAAAAAGUGCAGACUCCUCCAGAGACCACCUGAGUAUGUUCAACAAUCGUCAGCAACCAAAGAAGAAACGAAAAUCUCGCACCGCCUUCACCAACCACCAGAUCUUCGAACUGGAGAAGCGGUUCCUAUACCAAAAAUACCUAUCACCAGCAGAUAGGGACGAGAUCGCGCAAUCUCUUGGUCUGACCAACGCUCAGGUCAUUACAUGGUUCCAGAAUCGACGAGCGAAGUUGAAACGUGACAUGGAGGAACUGAAAAAAGACGUCGAACACGCAAAGGUGACUGGAUCAUCUAAACACAUAAUAGAGAACAUUCACGACCUAAGGCUUCUAAAGAAAUCCAAAGACGGUAAAAUACUUUGUACUAUGAUGCCAUGAUAAUAAGUUAUUGGACAACCAGUGGACAUAACGUGCAUUAACUCCAAAUGCACGCUUAGAUACCUAAUAAGCAUCUGUACCAAAUAUGCAUACUUCCCAAGAAUAAAUUCCUCAACAGUAUACGUUUCGUGGAGGUAGCAUUGAUUUAUGUUCCAUCAUUGUAUUAUUUCAGUUCCUAAUUUUAUUUGUAAUGACUGAGAACGUUUUAGACCAAAGACUCAGCUAAAAUAUUUAAAACUACAUAAUUAAAGUUUUCUGCAAUGUGAUUUUUUGAUGUAUGUGUAGCUUGAAUUCGAUACAACAUACACUGCUAGAAAUUCUUCAGGUAAAUUGAUAAAAUCACAAUUUGUUUAAUUGUUUUUUCACUAUAUUAGAAAAAACCCAGUAAAAUAACGAUAAAUAAGAUGGUAUUCAGACUGUUAACUGUAAGAAAAACCCUUUAUUAACUGCUUUUACCUAAUACGGUUAAACAAUAAGAAUUUUAUCGCACCAACUAGGCCCACCUAACGAAGUCACUUAGUUCCUUGCAUCUUGAGUACAUAUAUAUAACCCAGAGGGCUAAUCUUAUGACCGAACAGAACGGGAAUUCGAGUCCCAGAGUUGAUAUCUCAAUAUUUCCCUUUCAUAAACCACAACCUGACUUCAAUGCCCAUUACCUAACGAAAAGCUUAUCCCCAGUGUCCAAUUAAGUUUAUUUUUUACGAUUUUGAAACCUUGCUAGUUGUAAAACAGUUAAAAAACAGUUUAGUUUUGCAUUCAUGGUUUUUAACCAUAUUAGUCGUAAAUAGUUUCAAAACCGCAAAGGUAAAAAAUGUUCAUUCAUUUAUGGUAAAUUGGAGGGACAAAAUGCUGCCUGUUAUUUUACUAUUAUUUUAGAAUAGAAACUCUAACAGUGUAGCAUGAGAUUCAUAGAUUAAAAAUAAUUGAAGGAUACUGCUAGUUGGUCAUCAGUAAAAGCUGUUUCACACUUCAUUCCUUGAAAAUUUGGUUCAGUGUGGAACCAUGAUAUUGGCGGUUUAAAAUGCAAUACGGUCCAAAUUAGCUGCAACCUUUAUUGUAUGUCACAUUGAGACGCUUUUCCUGUCAAAUUGAACCAUAAUAUCAAACAUAAGAAUUGCGAUAAUAUGGUUCAACUUCCCAUUAUUUCAAGGUUGCAGCAAUUUUGAGUGAUAUUUUGGUUCAAUAAGCUCUAAAAUUUCUAACAGUGCAUGAAUAAUUGUCAUUCUUAAUGUUAAACAGAGAACGCUUCAGUUAUAUUUAUUUGAAGACAAAAGCAAUGUACUCCAAAUAAUCUGUUCUCUAUCUCGGAACGAAUGACAUUGCUUGUUUAUAGUACGCAGACAGCUGAUGCCCAUAGAAGUUUCAAAUUACUUUCUGUUUUAAUACAUUCCAAAACAAAUAUUAUUCUUUUGAAGUAAAUCAUAGGUUCAUAGAGAUUUUUUAAAAAAAUCUUCUUAAUAUCUCCAGCGAACAUAUUAGCAGUUCCAGGUCCCUUCACGUCAUCGUAUGUAUGUUUUGUAGUGUAUGUCUGUGCAUGUGCUACAUGUACUUCAAAACGUACGGUGACGUGAACUAUAGUACAGUCUACUAUUGUGCCAUUAUUUGUGCUUUAUUCCCAUUGUUUAUCUUUAUUUAUAUUGUUUAAAUUUAUUCAUAUUAACCAUAAUGCAUACCCUAUCUUCAUUUGGAUAUGACCGACAGUAACGUGUCAUUUUUAAAUGAAAUAAUUAGUUGAAGAUUCUUUAAGUGAAAGUACUACACACGCAGCAAUAUAGGGCAAAAUUAGGAAAUUUUACUGUUAGCCAGUGUCCAGUAGUUGCAUUUUUAGCAGUGGCCAGUUUUUAAGACACUCGACCAGUUUUUAAAAAAUUGAAAAUUUUAAAUGAUUACAAAAAAUGUUGGCAUUGGUAAUGCAAGGACUUUUUUGGAAGCUAUUCUGAAUGGCCCAGCAUGUCCUUUUUUGGACCCUUUGCAAUUAAACCCUACAUUCGACUCAACUCAACCAUUCUCAAUGAAUGGUAACUAUUACAAGGUUCAUUUCGAAAACUAAAGAAUUUUAAGAAAGCAUAAAAUAAAGUAAUUUUUCAAAUAUUAUAAAAAAA